GUUAACUUCACUGGAAUGUAACACACGCACGUUGAUGACAUGGUGAAUUGCAGUGUGGUAGGCAUAGGCGGUUUGGCAGUCACGCGUCAUGAUUAUACAUAAUGUACAUGGCGGCCAAUAACCAGGAUGAGGAAAUUGGGAGGGUUAUUACUGAAAAAGAGGUCACGAAUAUUGGUGAUGCAGUGAUCAUUGUUGUGCGUGUUGAGUGAGAAUGGAUUUAGUCCGGCCAUGGAGUGGCAGAGGGAUCGAAGUAUAUGCAUGAUGCUCAGGACCCAUAAAAAUACGUACUGUAGGCCUACAUGUUCAUUCUAAUUCUACGUGGCCUCUAUCAAGUCUACCCCGUGGAACGUAGGGACAAGCGUACUGCUAUGCUUUCUCCUACAUGAUGCCGAGUGCUCUCUAUCCAGCCGAUCAUCAUGACUCCGAUCAGUCAGCCCGGUGUGAUCACGCAGCAGUCUGGCCAGCCACUGAGAACUAGCCCAAGCUCCAACACGCCCUAUAAGAGGGUUCCUGGACUGACAGGAUUAUCAGUAGUCCAUAUCGUGCUGGGAAGUCUGACUACCCUCUUGGGGAUCGUUGCCAUAGUGCUCCGCUGCAGUUUUUCGUAUGCCGGAUGGGGAAUCUGGAGUGGACUUGUGUUUUUCCUCUUGACUGGAAUUCUGGGUGUGGGUGCUGUGUAUCGAAAGAACAACAAAUGCAUGGUCAUUGCAGUGAUGGUGAUGUCCAUACUCACAGCAGUGGCAGCUUGCCAGUUGCUGAUUGUCUCUGCCAUCGCGAUCGCUAAUGAACUCAGUUACUAUUGUAUACCUGAUCCCAGGCAGUCGCAUGAUCUGUCGUGUAUUGUUAGACCGGCACCCCGACAAGCUGUUGAUUCGCUGUUGGCCAUACUCGGCCUGGCUGAGAUGGUUAUCAGCAUCGUGACUGCCUCUAUGUCCUGCUAUGGCGUCUGCUCCUGCUGCAACUCCUACACCCCAGUUACGGUGCAGUACGUGCCUCAACCAGCCAAUGCACAGUUUGUAUCCAUGACAACCAUGCAACAGCAGGUUCCGGGCAUCCGGUUUGCUGGGAUGAAUGCACCGCAGCAAUUCCAGCAACAGCCAAUGCAGAUACCUGCUGCCGCUAGAGGAACCUCGGCUGGUCCGCUGUAUGCGACCAAUUACAAUGUGGCCCCUACACAGCAAGUUGCUAACUUCCCCCAAGGAAAUACUUACGCUCCCCAACCCGUUCGAGGUCCUGCUGUUCAAGCGCCGCAGCCUGUGAAUGUCACUCCUCAGCCGGCCGGCGUCGCUCCCCGGCAGGUGGUUGUCACUAUGCCGGGCCAGGCCCCACCGACUGGGUCCGUCGGAGCUGGGAUGCAGACGGCCGAAGGACAGCUGGCAUUUUCUAAUCAGACAGGCGUUGUCGAAACCGGAGGAAGUGAGCAUUUCCAUCACGAUGACAAGGAAGGUCUUCUUGAAACUUCUUAAAUCGCUGUCAAACAAUAAAUGGUCUCUGCUACCCUAGGUUUUAGUCGUCUUGCGUCGAAUUUGUACCGAAGCGAAAACCCUCUGAAGUUAUAUGGUCAAGUCAGCUACAACAAUGAAACAAUUACAUGUAAUAGUUUUAUGUUACAUGCGUAGAAACUGUUUGAAAAGGGUUAAAAACCAAUUUUUCCCAAUCAAAUCAUUGUACGUAUAAAUAAUUUUGUUUAUGGUCCUGUUCUUUCUAAUCUCUGUAGCGGUAAUAGCACUGCACGGACAUUUCUUUGAUUGUGGCACCUAUAUCUCUUUAGCAGGGUUUUAGACUGAGAGCUGGGUAAAUUUUCAUUAUCAAUUUAAGCACAAAAGCUUUGAUGGUGCCAUGUCAUUGCAUGUUGUGGGAUCAUGCUAGAAUGACAUUUCUUAAGUUCCCAUUGGUCGGAUGUGGGUCACAUGACCUCCUUACAAAUUCAAAAUAUUUGAGUUUACUUAACAUCUGAUGCACAAGUGCCGUUUUAGGAUAAAAAUGUUGUGAUUGACCCAUGGAUGCUCAAAAUAUCACUUAAGAAAACAUGAAAGUCGGACAAAGGUAAUUAAGAACGAUUAAUUAGCAGGAAAUUAGCGGUUUAAUUAACAUUUUGAGCAGAAGCAUCAUUCAUACGUCAAAUUACUGACAUCAGUGACCAAAUUCAAUGUUAGUUACUUAAAAAUGAAAAAAAAAACUUGGAUAAGGUUACUUAAGACAGCUGAUUAGCGAUGAUGCUCAUUAGCAUAUAAAUAGCACAUUCAUUAGCAUUUUGAGCACAAUGCCAUUUUUGUGACAAAUAAAUUUGAUGAGUGGCAGGGUUCAGUAUUUGAAACUUAAGAAUGGAAAGGACUUGGAUAAGGUUACUUAAGACAGCUAAUUGGCGAUGAUGCUCAUUAGCAUAUAAAUAGUACUUUCCUUAACUUAACAUUUUGAGCACAAAUGCCGUUUUUGUGACAAAAUAAAUUUUACUAGUGACUGGGAACAGUAUUUGUAGCUGAGGAAUGAAAACAAAAUGGGAUGAGCACACUGUUAUGUUUUAGCACACUUCAUUGACCUUUUGAACCCAUAUAUCGUUUUGUUGCAAAUAAAUCUUAUGUGUGACCAGGAACAUCGUUGGUAAUUAAAGAAAGGAAAAAAAGCUAAGAUAGGGUUACUCAAGAUAGAUAAAUAACCAUGUUGCCUUUGAACACAUGAUAAGCACUUCAUUAACAUUUUGAGUGGGAAUGCCCUUAGCUUUGUCAAGUUUUGUCUUUGUUUUAACCUAAAGUAACAAAUCUCACUUGGAAAAGUGAUCCAGUUUGCAUGCAACAUCGUGAACAAAUAAAAGGUCUUUUAAGCUUACUGCA